AUGGGCAUUGGAAGUUAUUUCAAGGCCGAGAAGCCUGCCGCAUCUGCCGAUGCCGGCAAAGCUGUGGCCCCAAGGAACCAGAGCGCCUUGUCAGAGAAGCCGCCUUCAGACCGCACCAGCGCGAAUGACCUCGAGCUGCACCCGCCCACACCGCGCUUUGGCAACUCACGGCCGCAGAGUCUCUCUGGCCGGUCAGUCAGGAGCAAUGGCAGCUCCAUGUUCCUGGACGACAUCAAGCACGAGGUCAUGGUAAACUACCUGUACCAGCAACAGUGCUCUCACCUUUGGGUGUCUGAUGGUAGUGGUGAGAUUGAGGGUGUCCUCCUCCGCAAGUCGCGAGGCCAAUACAUGGCUUGCCCGCCACAAUUGGGCAACUCCCCGUUCGCUUUGGCUUGUGCCGCAUUGAACGUUCAGUGCGCCAUGACUGUGAACUCCAGAGUCAUCAAGACUUUCCUUCAGUGGUCUCCUGAAGCAGUUGAUGUACCCCUGAUGAACGGCCUCCGAGUGCAGAUUCUCCCCACUAUUGAUGAUCUGCCUCGCGCCAGGAAGCACCAAUUCGCAGCUUUCGUCGCCUCUGAGGGCCUUCUGGUCGUCUGGGACGAUGACGCUCUCCACUUGGUUCAGCGAGCAAAAGCCAUUGAGUCCGAGCUCAUGGAGCUGGUCUGGAGGGCUGGAAACGAUGAAGAUGACGAUGAGAAGGGUGGUGCCACAGUGGGCGAGGUUGAGAUUGAUGAGGAGAGCGGUGAGAUCAAGCCGGAGAAGCGACCUGUCCAUCUCCAGAACACUGUUCUCGUCAGCAUUACCUUGGCGCUCGUUACUGUGUCCCUGGGAGCUGCCUUCCGUCAGCUGGCCAUUGAGGUCUCGGUUGACAACGACUUCAUCCGCCUGGCUCUAGUUGCCCUAUUCCCCGUCCAGAUCUUCUUCACGCUCUUCUUCGCUCAGGUCAUCGUUGGUUGCUUGGCUCAGAUCUUCGGUCCCAUUCGCCAGCUCACGAUCAACUCCAAGUUCUACUCCGCCAAGACGCCCCCGAGACUGCAGACUGCUCACCUCCCUCACGUUACCGUGCAAUGCCCUGUCUACAAGGAGGGUCUGGGCGGUGUCAUCGCACCCACUGUCAAGUCCAUCAAGCAGGCCAUGUCUACCUAUGAACUCCAGGGUGGCUCUGCCAACAUGUUCGUCAACGAUGACGGUCUGCAGCUCAUCUCUGAGGAAGAACGCCGCGCUCGUAUCGAGUUCUAUGCUGACCACUCUAUCGGCUGGGUUGCUCGGCCCAAGCACGGAGAGAACGGUUUCCUGCGCCGAGGCAAGUUCAAGAAGGCUUCCAACAUGAACUUCGCUCUCAUGAUCUCGUGCAAGGUCGAGGACAAGCUGGCCCUGAUCAACCGUACCCCUGACUGGAGCCAGCAUGACGAGGCUCAGGCCUACGAGCGUGCUCUCAAGGAGGUUCUCGAGGAGGAUGGCCGUGCCUGGGCUGAUGGUAACAUUCGUGUUGGCGACUACAUUCUUAUCAUCGACUCUGAUACUCGUGUACCUGCUGACUGCUUGCUCGACGCUGUCUCUGAGAUGGAGCAGUCUCCUGAUGUCGGUAUCAUGCAAUUCUCGUCCGGUGUCAUGCAAGUCGUUCACACCUACUUCGAGAACGGAAUUACUUUCUUCACCAACCUCAUCUACUCUGCCAUUCGAUACACUGUCUCCAACGGUGAUGUUGCCCCGUUCGUCGGUCACAACGCCGUUCUUCGGUGGUCUGCUAUCCAGCAAGUCAGCUACGAGGACGAGGAUGGGUACGAGAAGUUCUGGUCAGAGUCUCACGUGUCUGAAGAUUUCGACAUGUCGCUUCGUCUUCAGUGCAGUGGCUAUAUUAUCCGUCUCGCUGCUUGGGCUGGUGAAGGCUUCAAGGAGGGUGUGUCACUUACCGUGUACGACGAGCUUGCCCGUUGGGAGAAGUAUGCCUAUGGCUGUAACGAGCUUCUCUUCCACCCCAUCCGCAAGUGGAUCUACAAGGGGCCCUUCACCCCUCUCUUCCGUCGCUUCCUGUUCUCCAACAUCCGCUUCACGUCCAAGGUUACCGUCAUUUCUUAUAUCGGUACUUACUACGCCAUCGGCGCUGCCUGGAUCAUGACCACUGUCAACUACUUCCUGAUGGGCUGGUUCAACGGAUACCUUGACAAGUACUACGUCGAUUCGUGGCAGGUGUGGUUCUCCAUCAUCAUUGUCUUCAACGGUCUCGGAAACAUCGCCCUUGCCGUCAUGAGGUAUCGUGUGGGCGAGCGAAACAUCCUGUAUGCCCUCUUCGAGAACUUCAAGUGGACCUUCAUGCUGGCCAUCUUCCUGGGUGGUCUGUCCCUCCACGUUUCUCAGGCACUACUGGCCCACAUGUUCGAGAUUGACAUGACCUGGGGUGCCACUUCCAAGGAAGCCGAGUUUUCGAACUUCUUCAUUGAGGUGCCAAAGGUGUUGAAGAAGUUCAAGUUCUCCAUGCUAUUCUCUGCCAUCUUCAUCGCUGGCAUGAUCAUCCUCGCAGUUGCACCCUUCGUCCCUCACGACUGGCGCAUCACUGACUUCGUCGCCAUCCUGCCCAUGGCAACUGUCACUGCUUCCCACAUGCUGCUCCCCAUCGUGCUCAACCCUGCGCUGAUGACCUUCUCAUGGUAA